AUGUCAAGCAAUGAACUGCACGCGCUGGCCAAGAGCCAGCGUGGUCCCUUCCCGUCGGCGGGACCGAUCGCGGUGGUGAGUCAAUGGUUGGGGUUUCUCUCCGAGUCGGUGAAGCAGUGGCAGGCCCUCGUCGCCGGUGGCGCCGACCCCAAUGCGGUGGACAAGAACGGUCGAACUCCGCUGCACGAGGCCAGCGCGCGUGGCAACUGGCAAGCGGUGGACUACCUCCUACGCGCGGGGCUGGUGACAAAGAUCAACGCGAGGGAUCGCUGGGGCCGCACGGCGCUGGACCUCGCCAUCGUGGGCGGCCACAAGGAGGUCGAGGUCCUACUCUCGGCCCACGAAGCGAUUGCCGUUGCCCGCGAAGAAGAAGAACCAUGCGACCUCCUCCCGGCCUGCGAGAAGCCGCCGCGGGGCUGCCCGCUCCUGCAAAUGCCCACCGAAAUGCUGGUGCUCAUUCUAUCAUGGCUCGAGCCCCGUGACCUGUGCGCCGUGGCCCAAACCUGUUCGGCUCUGGAGGAAGCCAGCCGAGACAAUGCGUUGUGGCGGCGGUUCUGUGACGAAGAGCAUGCGCUGCCCGGCGGGCAGAGCUGGAAGGACUGCUACCGGGAGUGGUGUGUUCCCCACCUCCGCGCUUAUGCCGCGGCCGGGAAGAGAUGCCUCAUCGAGCGGUAUGUGUAUGACAAAUUCCGGUCCAGACGGUCUCACAUCGGCGUAGACGUCUACAUGAAGGAGACCCACAUGGGCGACCGGCGGCUGAUGCUCCAUCUUUUCCACCUCUCAACGACAUUCAUGUCGCACGAGCCGAGGGUGUCAUUCCCAAGGAUCUUCUAUCGGGAGGCGGUCGGCCUGGUCUACGUCUACGACGUGACGCGACGGGACUCGCUCAAUGUACUCCCGCAACGGCACCAGGAGAUCGUCCAACACUUCCCCGAUGGCGUGCCACCCAUCAUACUCGUGGGAACGAAGGUGGACCUCAUCGACGCAAGCUCCGCAGCAAGGCCGUGCAAAAGGGAAGUCAGCGAGGAGAAGGCCCGGGCAAUGGCCCGUAGACUGAACGCAGUGGCGUGGAUGGAGACGAGCAGCAAGCAGGACGCCCAGAACGUGAACGAGCUGUUCGAGCGAAUGCUGCGCGAGUCUUUGGAGUGGGCGGAUCCCUUCCGCGUGCACGUACCGGUCCGGGAAGAGCCAAGCGGGUGGUUUGUCCCGCCGUCGUUGAGCACGCAACUGCUCGCCCGCAAUAGAACCCUCGACUGCUACGACGACGGUGGUGGUGGCCAAAGCCGCAGCUGCGUGCUUCAGUAA